AUGGACUUUGACGACGAUCUGGACAGCCUGCUGGACCUGGAGAAUGAGAUAGCGGAGGAGGGGACCCACAAGCGCAGCCUGGCAGACCUGCAGUCCCAGCAGGAUGCCGCGCGCUGCCUGGCAGACCCGCCUGGCGGCAAGCGGGCCCGGGUGGACGGCAGCGCCGCCCCACCCCAGCCUCGCCCGCUGCCUGCCGACGACCUAGAUGAUGAGCUGCUGGCACUGGCGGCGGCAGGGCAGCCCUCGCCGCAGCACACGCUCAACACGUACCGGGCCAUGGGGGAAACCGAGGAGCAGGGCCUGCUGCUGGCGCUGGCCGCCGACUCCCAGCCCUCCAUGGCACCACGCCGCGGCGGCGCCAGCUACCGCGCAUUCACCACCACCACUGGCCUCACGAUGGGGGCCACGGAAGAGCAGCAGCAGCUGCUGGCGCUGGCCGCACCCACGCAGCCCUCGCAGUCGCAGGGCGGCGGCGGCGCCAGCGUGGCGGUGGUGCGCCCCCCAGCAGCUACCAGCACUCGCGGCGCCGGUGGUGGCGCCGACGAUGAUGAUUUUGAUCUGGAUGAGCUGCUGGAUGAGCUGCUGGAUGAGGAGCUGCAGGAGCAGGCGGCGGCGCGUGGCGGCGGCGGUGGCGACGCCAGCGCAAACGCCGGCGGCGGCGCCCAGCCAGGCGCGGCAGCGGCGGCGGUAGGCUCGGGGCAGCCGCCGGCAGCGGGGGCGGGGGCGGCAGGCGGGGCGCAGGCGGCGGAGCCCGAGUUCUUGCUGCCUGCGCGGCAGUAUGUACCGCCUGCCAGGGAGGUGUACCGCAUCAGCGGCGCCAGCCUGGCCGUCACCGCUGAGAACGGGGAGCGGGUGUACUGCCAGCUGGAAGCGCCACAGCCGCCGUGCUCCACCGUCGGCACCACGCGCAGCAGGAGCCUAGAUGUGGCGGGCCUGCUGCGGCGCGCCCGCGGCGGCCUGCUGUCAGACCCCAUCUCAACUCUGCUGGCGGCCGUGGAGCAAGACCAGUACGACCGCGCCGUGGCAGAGACCGCCGCGGCGGCAGCCACGGCCUCGGCCGCUGCCGCCGCCGCCGCGCAGCACCAGCCGCGCACGCCCGGCGGGCGGCGGGGGGAGCGCGGCGGGAGCGGCGGCGCCGCGGGGCGCUCCUCUGCUGCGCUGUGGGUGAAGAAGUAUGCUCCCAAGGGCUACAUCGACCUGCUGAGCGACGAGCAGAUCAACAGGGAGGUGGUGCGCUGGCUCAAGGGCUGGGACCCGUGCGUGUUUGGCACCGCGGCGCCGCCCCAGCGUGCGCAGCAGCGCCGCGACGGCUUCCCCUCCCGCCUCGCCGCGCACGGCGGCGCCGGCCAGCAGCAGCCGGGGCAGGGGGGCGGCGGGGGCGCCGCCGACCCGCUGGGGCGACCCGAGCAUAAGAUCAUCCUCAUCGCCGGCCCGCCAGGUAGCGUGAUGGGUCAGCGGCGGCCCAACUGCGUGAUCGUCGACGAGAUCGACGGCGCCAGCGGCGGGGCGGAGGGGCGCAGCGGCAUCGCAGCCCUGCUCAAGAUAGUGGCCGCCACCGGGGCAAAGGGCAAGGCCGGCAAGCAGGGAAGCGGCGGCGGCGGCGGCAGGCCCCAGCAGCAGCCGCACUCCGCAGCCAGCGGCGGCGACUCUGACAGCGAGAGUGAGGGAGAGGAGGCGGGCGAGGAGGCGGGCCGCGGGGCCGCGGGGCAGCGCGGCGGCGGCGGCGGCGGCAGCGGCGGCGGCAGGCGGGGGGGCGGCGCGGCGCGGCCUGCACGGCUGCGCCCGCUCAUGCGCCCCAUCAUCUGCAUCUGCAACGAUCUGUACGCCCCCGCGCUGCGCCCGCUGCGCGACGUGGCGCGCGUCUUCCACUUCAAGAAGCCGCAGGCCGAGCGGCUGGCCCAGCGGCUGCGCUCCAUCUGCGCGGCGGAGGGCCUGGCGUGCGAGAAGUCCACGCUGCGCCUGCUGGUGGAGCGCACCGAGUGCGACAUACGCUCCUGCCUCAACACGCUGCAGGCGCGUGGCGGUUUCCUGGCCAAGAAGCAGUCGGUGGUGCGGCAGGCAGACCUGCAGGGGCUGCGGGUGGGGCACAAGGACAUGACCAAGGGCGCCUUUGCGGUGUGGACCGAGCUGCUGCAGAAGAAGAAGAGCCCCGGCAUCAUCGGCAGGAUGGCGGAGGGCGAGGCGCAGCGCGUGGCGCGGCUGUACGGCGCGCUGCAGGACUUUGGGGAGGGAGACCUGGUGGUGGGGGGCAUGCACGAGAAUGUGCUGGGGCUGCGCUACUUUGACAUGGCCCUGCAGCGCACCUCGGCCGUGCUCAACCAGCUGGGCGACGCCGACGCCUUCCUGCGCGCCUGCCACCGCCGCGGCGAGUUUGCUCUGCUCAAGUACGUGCCCGCCCCGCUGCUGCUGGUCAGCGGCGUGGUGGCGGGGCCGGACAGGCCGCAGCUGCAGUGGCCCCGCGCCGCGUUCGACUGCCAACGGCGCGCGGCCGCCAACGCCGCCACCCUGCAGAGCUGGAUGCUGGGCAUGUCGCCAGCCGCCUGCGCCGCCACCAGCCGCCGCAGCAUGGUGCUGGAGGUGCUCCCCGCCCUCAUGCACAUCGCAGCCCCCGCGCUGCGCCCCGUCUCCCUGCACCUCUACUCCCCUGCUGAGCAGGAGGUCAUGAGGCAGCUGGUAGACACCCUGCUGGGGUACAACCUGCGGUACUGCCUGGACCCAGCCGCCGAGGAGGCGGAGGAGGCGGCGGCCGCGGCGGCGGCCCAGCUGCAGCAGCCCGCGGGCGGCGGCGAGGCGGAGGGCGGGCAGCGGCAGGGCGUGCGCGGCGGCCGCGCGGAGCCGCCGCUGCGCUUCCGCCCAGCGGUGCACUGCGCUUGCCUCUUCCCUGGCAUGCCACCCAAGGGCAAGCUGCUGCCGGCAGCGGUGCGGCAGACAAUCAGCCACGAGGCAGACAUGGAGGCGAUUCGGCGGGCCGAGGCGUCGCGGCGCAGCGUCCACGGCGGCGGCGGCGGCGGCGGCGGCGGCAGCGAGGCGGCGCCGCCGCUGGCAGACGCCAACUGCGGCCCGCCGCGGGCGGCGGGAGUGGUGCCGCUGACCCUUGCCGAACGCAUGAAGGCGGCGGGCACGGCGGCCAGCGUGGCGCGGCGCCAGGCGGCGGCGCCCCCCCGCGGCACCUGGCUGGACGCGCUCAAGGAGCGCCGGGGCGCGCGGGGCGGCGGUGGCGGCGGCGAAGAGGGCGGGGCCGCGGGCGGGCGCCACCACAAGUUCCCAGUGCUGUACAGGUUCCACGAGGGGUACACCAAUGCAGUGAAGCGCCCGGUUCUGAUGCGGGACCUGCUGGGCUGA